GCCUAGUAAGACUUCUGUGCAUUAUAUUUUUAUCCAUUACUACUUGCCACAAUGCAGACCCUACGUACUCGCCAGCCCUUCGCUGGCACCACUCGUGCGCGUGCGCCCGCUCCUGUUCGCGUCAGCCGCGCGACUGCUGUCUCUGUGCAGGCUGCUAUCAAGCUUUACACAAAUCCUGGUUCUCGCGGCAAGAUUGCUGAGUGGUACCUUGCUGAGCUCGCCGUGCCCCACGAGCUGGUGCUACUGGACAUGCGCAAGGGUGAGCACAAGAGCCCGCAGUUCCUGGCCAUCAACCCAUUCGGCAAGGUCCCAGCCAUGACAGACGGCGACCUGCCCAUCUUUGAGAGCGGUGCCAUCCUGCUGCACCUGGCUAACAAGUACGGCAAGCUCAGUGCGGACGAGCUGGGCACGGCCGCGCAGUGGACGCUGUUCGCCAACUCCACCCUGUCUGAUGCUUUCUUCAACGCCUCGCAGCGGGGCACCCAGAUGCCAGUGAUGCUGUCCAGCCUCAACGCCAUCCUGUCCCAGAAGGCCUACCUGGCGGGCGACAAGUUCACUGUGGGCGACAUCGCAGUCGGCUCAUACCUCCUCUACCUGCCCCUCUUCUUCCCCGACCUUGACCUCACCAAGUACGAGCACGUGUGGGACUACAUGCAGCGGCUGGCGGCGCGGCCCACCUGCCCGGCGCCGUACAAGGAGGCCAUGGAGGGCGCACUGGAGGCGGCGGCGCAGCGGCAGGGCGGCGGCGGCGUUAUGUCCAAGUUGUUCGGCAAGCGCUGAGGCGGUGGUGGUAUAGCAGCGCGUGUGGUUGUUGCGUCAGCUCCACGCAACUCAGCGGCCUCUUCGGCGCCGCUUGCCGUGGUACCACCAUGGUAAGCUGUGGAGGCAGCUGGUUACGUGGCUUCCUAUGCGGCGUCGAUUGAUGUGGACAUCGAGCAAAGGGCCAGGUGGCUAGGAUUCCGCAGCCACGCCACGCGACCGUGACUGCGUGGAUCGCGCAGGCGUGGGCCGGAUUAGAGCUGGGACCACGGGAACCAGAGGUCCCCUCAGGGAACCCCCGUGGGUCCAGGGAGGCUGGGGGCGCGUGCCGGAAGCCGCAGCCCUGAGUAGAAAGGGAAUGGAUCAGGCGGGUUGUGUGAAAGUGAGACUCGGACGAUGCGUGGUGCCGUGGUGGUGUGGAUCCGUGACCGUGACUGUGAGGGGCGUGGGCGGACAGCACUGCUGCGCUGCGAAGUGCGUUACGCAGUACGGCGGAACCUAGGAGUGACAAACGUGCGAAGCGGGUGCGGCGACGGGGUGCAUUGGCUUGUUGCAGUGUUGCCACGGUGGCAGGCAUGCGGAGUCUGCAUUUCAGCCAGUACUGAGUGUCUAAGUCCCUCAACUCUGGGAGACCGUGAUUCGGGAGCUGUCAUCUUGUGCCACACCGGCGCAAGGGUGCGAGGAGGGGUCAAGGGAGGGGUGCGAUGCACCCCUGGUGCGAUGGGGCAACAAAUUGGCAUAGCCCGUGGGUAGUCCAAGGGAUUGUCCUGUGGCUGACGUAGCUUAGUCCAGAGAGACAAGUUACGCCCAACCCAGGCGCCAAUGAAACCUGGAAGUGCGCGCCCCCGCGCGAACGACUACCCGGGCCUGGGCUCAGUACUGUGUUACCGUUAUCCAGAG